AUGCAGGUACUUGCGCGUUCUCUAUUAGCAGCACUGGCAGCAUGGCAGUCUCGCGAUCCCAGCCCCACCACCGGCCAGCUGCACAAUCCUGCUCCGGGAAAUCAAUCCGCAGUGAACCUGACGGUCAUCACAUCUGGCGGAAAUCACUCGAGUCCCUUGCUGUACGGGAUCAUGUUUGAAGUGGGCCCGACUGUUCCCCGCAAAGACUUCUCUCUGUGGCCAGGGGACGGAGGGCUCCACGGACAAUUGCUCCAGAACAAUGGCUUUCAGGGGGCGGACCCCGGUCUGACGGCAUACAAGCCCAUCGGACCGGCAGAGAUCAUGCAGGAUUACCUGUACCCCGUGAGCGAGGCGAUCACUUCCUCGCUGCAGGUCUCGGUGACGACGGGGGCCACGGGUUGGGCCGGAUUCGCAAACACGGGCUACAAAGGCAUUCCGGUGGUCAACACCACCUAUUGGUGUCAGUUCUGGAUGCUGGGGGACUACACUGGCGAUCUCAUUCUCCGGCUGGUCGGCGCCUCCAAUGGGACGAUCUACGCCUCGCACAACGUUCCGGUGGGCAGCACUGCCCAAAAGUUCACUCAAUACACGACAGAAUUCCACGCGAGUGCCUCGCCUGAUGGGCACAAUGAGUGGCAGCUCCUCUUCAAUGCCUCCAAGGUCGCAGGCGGGACGCUCAAUUUCGGCCUUCCGCAGUUGUUUCCGCCAACGUAUAAGUCGAGGCCGAAUGGGCUGAGGGAUGACAUUGCCCAGGUGAUUGCAGAUCUGAAACCGUCCUUCUUGCGCUUCCCCGGAGGAAAUAACCUCGAAGGCCUGCAGGUCGACAGUCGCUGGCAAUGGAAUCUGACCAUCGGCCCGGUGGUCGACCGUCCGGGGAGACAAAGUGAUUGGUUCUAUCCCAACACGGAUGCGUUAGGUCUGGAUGAGUAUCUCUGGUGGUGCGAGGACAUGAAGAUGGUCCCCGUCUUAGCCGUAUGGGAUGGCAAGUCCUACGGCGGGAUUCAGUCCGGCCAAGAGCUCGAGCCCUACAUUGAAGAUAUCCUGCACGAGCUUGAAUACUUACUUGGGCCACCCAACACGACAUACGGAAGCCUCCGCGCCCGCAACGGACGAGUGCAGCCAUGGCCGAUCGAGUAUAUCGAAAUCGGCAAUGAAGAUGACUACACGGGGGGCUGUCCCACGUAUCCCCAGCGCUUCAUGCAGAUCUACGAGGCGAUCCACCAGAGCUACCCCAACCUCACCCUCAUCACGUCGGCAAGCGAUCCCCAGUGUCUUCCCGCCGAGCCCCCGCCGGGCAUCAUGUAUGACUUCCACUACUAUCGCAGCCCGGACCAGUUGGUCGCCCAGUUCCACGAAUGGGACCACCAGUCCCGAUCGCGCCCGGCGAUGAUCGGCGAGUAUGGCUGUCGCAAUACGAGUUCCCCGGAUGGGUUCUACUGGCCCUUCAUGCGAUGCAGCUGCAGCGAGGCGGUCCACAUGAUUGGGUUGGAGCGCAACAGCGACGUGGUUAAGAUGGCCUCGUAUGCCCCGUUGCUGCAGAACUUCCCCUACACCCAGUGGUCGCCGACGUUGAUUGGUUUCGACUCCAACCCGGGGUCUCUCACCCUGUCGACUUCCUACUGGGUCCAGAAGAUGUUCUCAACCUCCCAGGGAGAGACGAUCCUCCCGGUCAACUCGACCGCCAGCUUCGGCCCCCUGUACUGGGUCGCAUCGAAGACCCACCGCACGUACAUGGUGAAGAUGGCCAACUACGGCCACGAGCUGCGCAGCGUGCGGGUCACAAUCCCCCACACCACCGCAGGUCAUCUGGAGAUGCUCUCCGGGCCCCCCGACGGGGUGAAUCUUCCGCAUAAUUCGACCAUCCGGCCGGUGCGCCAGAAGGUGACGGGCGUCAGGGGCAGCUACGUGGUCUCGAUGCCUGCCUGGGGGGUUGCAGUCCUCUUGGUGCAUUGACGCAGGUGGUUCGGUACCUCCUCUAGAUAAUUGUGUGCAUAGUCGGCGUUGAGUGUCCAUUCAAU